UUGAUUUAAAACUUCUUUCCAAUAUUUUGUAUAUUUUAAGUAUAAGUUUACUUUGUGUAUGGAUUAUAUAGACGCAUUUAACCUAGACGUAGAUGAGGAAAGUAAAGAGGAUGAGACGCCAUUCGAACCUGUUUUCCAGCUCGAAGCUUGGAAAGAGUUGAUGCCACACGUUGGCUUCACCAACUGGAAGCAGUUUGCAAAGUGCCCGCUAAGUAAAAAAUUGGAACUUGCCCUUGAGAAAAACGUCGGUCGCCAUGCCCAUUUGAUAAUUAACGAUACAGUCUACAAGUGCAAUGUUCUCGUGCUUCGCGUCUUCUGUGAGUUAUUCGCAAAUUGCCUUAAAAUAAAUCAAGUGGUCCAGUUUCCCAAGGAUACGCUGACCAAUGAGUCCUUUGAAGUGGCCUACGCCUGGAUGACCGGCAUUGACGAGGCAUUAUGUCCCAACGAUGGCCAACAGUUGUUGGAUGUGCUGAAAGCCGCAGAGAUUCUCAGGUGUCCCCUGUUGUGCAAAAGCGUCUUCGAGGCCCUAAACGAUUAUAACAACUUCUUCGAGUUGACAGCCUUCGAUUGCUUUGUGGCUGCCAUAUCCAGGGGCUUUUUCCAAGUUGCCCACAUGAUGCUGCGACGGGUGGGCAAGUGCUUCCUGGUCGUGGUGGGCAGCUAUCAGUUUCAGGAGAUGCAUGCCAACUUCCUAUGCAAUCUUCUUGGCUCCAAUACCUUGGCUGUGCAGUCAGAGAUUGAGAUUUAUUACUCAGCUCUGCUCUGGCUAUCCACAGACUUUCGGAAGAAAAUGAAGCAUACUGCUCGUAUCUUAGAGAAGGUUAGGUUCCAUAUGAUGCCACCCGCAUUUCUGCUUCAUUGCGCCGACACUCUCGAAGACAUGGAGCCAGAACUCGCUGAUAUGGUUUGUGCCUAUCUCGAUAGGGCAAUCCAGACCCAACACGAAACACAUAUGGGGUUCUCUGGGUCAGAGAAAAAUACGAUGGACACCCGCGUGUGGAUACGGGAUCCUAAAUGUCCCUAUGAUUGGAUUGUCGAUAAGAACGGCGCCUGUAUUCUUACUGUGGACAGGUUCCUCACGUAUUUGGAUGCAAUCCAAGAGUCUAGAAAAACCUUUAUGUAUAGGAUGAGAAAGGUCGUGCCCAUUAUUGACGAAAAUACCAUCACUAGCAAAAGACAUAAAGAUUUAAUAUACCAGCCAUCGCGUAAUAUUUUCGAUUAUAUAUGCCCCGAAUAUAUACAAACGCCAAGAUCAGCAAAAAGUGUAAAUUAUGAGAUAUAUGAUAUAAGCAACGAUCCCGAGAGUGAGAGUAAGUUGACUUGGAGCUCUUCUGAAGAUAGUGAAAAAGAAGAUACAGAAAAGAAUUCAGAAACGAAUUUCAUCGAGGAAGAUUCCUCUGAUUUCUAUGAGGAUUCUUUAAGUGGUUCGUCCUCGGAAUCGUUUAUGAAUUCUUCUACGGAUUCUUCUUCGGAUUCUUCUACGAAUUCCGAUACGGACUCUGAAAUGGUCUCUGAUCAGAGUGAAGAGGCUGAGGACUCCACUACAAAGCUCGUAGAAGUUCCAGAAUCUUCAACAGAAUCCUGCACAGAAUCCACGGAAAAUGAUACUGGCGAAUCCAGCGAAGAUCCUCCUACGGAUACCACUGUAUAUGCAAAAAGCGAAAGUUCAAGUGGCAGCGUAACCGAAACAGAUUUUUUCUAACAAAAGUAUUUAUUAAAUAGUAAAUAAAGUAGUAAAUAACAA